AUGAGUGACAAUAAUGAUGAGGACACUCACGGCUUUAGGUCUUUCUCUGAUCUGUUUCAUACAAGACCGUCGCAAAUAAAGGAGCAAUUGAGUCAGUAUGACAUGUCACAUCAUGUACUAACACGUUUCUAUCAACAACAACAACAACAACAAGAGGAGGAGAAGGAGAAGAAACGUUGGGUCAUGUAUCAGCAUGUAGCUGCCAAAUUUAAUGGUGUGGAAAUUGCUGACAGUCUAGGGACGAUCGGUGUGACGUCUAUCGAUGAUGACAGUGGGAUUAUCUGGCUUCAGACGAUGCAGAGCGACUCAAACGCACUGGAAAGACACGAGAAGAGCAAAUUGACGGGUGCAUUGUUUUUUACCAUUGAAAAAGUGCUGGAUGUGGUGCCAAUUGCAGUGCAAAACAAGUUUGAAGGUGUGGAAAUUCAAUUAAUGCAUGGCAAUCAACUUGAAUUGACAUUUAUGCCAGGGUCUUUUGCACACGAGACGCAUCGGGAUACGUUCUUGGAAACGCUCAAGAAACACAUGAGUGAUACAGCGUUAGAUGAAGCAAAAGUUACGACAACUUCCGCACGGCAGAAAAAACAAGAGCUUCGGCGUCUCGUAAGGAGGUAUACUAAGCUGGACGAUAAAAGUCAGGAAGGCCUUGAAAUUGCCAAACAAGUGUAUGCGGAUACCGGAUAUUACUUAGGACCCAUGACAAAAGCGAAUCCUAAGUUUGCAGCUGAUGCAGAGUACCGUCGGAAAAGUAUGGAAGACCUUACGUGCUUUUUACAUCGAAUGAACCAAGAGUGGAGCGAUGCAGACUCUCAGCGUGAAACGCAUACCAAGGCAAAACAUUUUUGCAACAAAAAGGGAUUGUUUAAGUAUACAGACACCGUCACAGGUGUUCAGAUCCCGUCACGGACGUAUGAGGAGCGGUACCUGAAGUACGUUAAGGCGCACGAGGUGAAUCCAGUGCUUCACCUAUUUCCUAGCCAAGAAAAAGCGACACAAGGCGACAAAAUAGCCGAAAAUGGCUUGCCCGCACCAUUAGCAGUAUUGGAACCCGACGAGGGUGCAAAGCUAUUUUUAACAGCAACUUUUGGAAUUAAUAUCGUCCCAAGCUGCAUUAUUGGCAAAGAUUUCUUCUCGUCCGGCGCAAAACAUGUACUAUCGGAUAUUCAAAGGUACAGAAAUGAGGAUAUGGCAUUUCGAGCUGCAGUGGAUAGUUGUCGGGAGAACGUAUGGCACAGGUGGGGUACCACAUUUGAUCUAGUGUCUGGCAAACGCGCAAUUCAAGCUGGACAAGGUGAUUUUGCAGACCAGUCGCAGCCAAAAACAGGCAUUGCAGGAAAGCGAAAACGCGCACGAGAAAGACGACAAAGUCUCGUUCUGCCUACCACGGAUGAUUUACAAUCAACUAUCGAGGCAAGCGUAGCGAAUAACUCAGAAGAUGCGAAUGAUGCAACAUUAAGCAGGAGUGAGCCUCGUCAGACGCAACUGAAGAGCAGUCGAUUUACGCCACACAGGUCUGACACAGCCCAAAAAUCUAGACGCAAGUAUCGACGUCAGAGUACUACACACCAGGUAAAUUUGGCUUCAGUCGCGACAAAUAUGGCUGAGAACAAGACGAUUGCUGAGAAUUGCAGAGUAGCUCGAAGCUCGCGCAAGUCUCCGCAGUCGCGAUAUUCUGCAAAUGGGUAUGUUCGAGAGACCAGUUCACUAGAGAUGGUGGAAGAUGAAGACUCAGACAUGUGCUAA